AUGGUGGAACGCUCCUACCUCCUCAUCCUCCUAUUUUCUUCAGUGUCACAUUUCCACCUAAAAUUUGCCGUCAAUAAUUCUAAUGACACCGGCAACAACUCCGCCACCUCCUGGUCGAUCAGCAUGCCCAAAUGGACGAUUUUGAAACGGGAGGCAGGGGAGGAGAGACAGCCAAGCAUGCAGGAGGGGAGGAGGGGCGGAGAAGUGGAGCGUGAGGGCACGGAGACUGAUGGGAAGCCCGAUUGCCAUCUUUGGUACGACACUGCGGCCUCCGGUGAAUAUUGCUACGUCAGUGAUUCCCAAUGCACGAAAGCCGGUCCACGCAAGAAGUGCUCCUCAUGUAGAAUAAUCUGUCAUACUGCUUGCAUUCCGAGGCUCGACGCAAAAUGCAAACCUACCUUCAGACGGGCUGUCUCGUCCACAUAUCGUAAUAAAAACGACGAUCAGGACACUCUCUACAUGCAGUGCUCAUGGUGCCAUCUGUGCUACCACAACAAACCGGAGUGCUUUGAUUCGUCCCUGCUCACCGUCUCCUGCCAAUUUGGCAAGCACGCCAAACUCAUCAUUCCACCGACGUGGAUCGUCAAAAUGCCUAAUGAGGCAAGUCAUUUCUCGCCUUCUGUCAGCAUCUUCCUCGAAUGGGUGCUAACGGAGUAG